AUGGGAAGGUUUUAUGAAGACUCUUCAAGAGAUAGGAAUCUGAUAUAUUUUCUGGAUAUUUUACCAUUGGAUACUGUUGAAUAUGCGUGCGCCUAUGGUUCGGGUGCGGUACUGCAGGAGAGUAAUGGUACAUUCGGCGAAAUGAUCGAUUUUAUUAUUGCAACGCGGGAUUCAAGCCAAUUUCAUAAGCAAAAUUUGGAAAUGAAUCCGAUGCAUUACUCGUCGUUACGUUUUCUGGGUUAUCAAAAAAUUGCGCAGUUGCAAAGGAACUAUGCUGCUCGGGUUUAUUGUAACACUCGAGUGUUGUACCAAGAUCAGCUUAUAAAGUAUUCUGUAAUUGAUACUGAUGAUUUGUUGCUGGAUCUGAUCGAAUGGAGAUGGAUGUAUUUAGCCGGAAGAUUACAGAAACAUGUUGUUGAUGUCAUCAGUCCUUCAUCGAGGAUAACUCUCGCUAUAAAAAAGAAUCGUUAUAGUGCUUUACAGGCAUCAUGA